AUGACCCAACAACUCUACUAUAUUCGUCUACUCAAACCACCUCCGAACACUAUUGUUCCUGGGCAACCAUUCAGUAUUGUGUGGACUGUCGACAAUGAUCUUGGCGAGAUGCCAUUCUUGCAACCAUUGAGCGUCACUUGCCAUUUGCUAAGCAACAAUGCAACAGCUCGUUUUGCUUCAACGGCAUCAAAAAGUAUCAACCUUGAAUAUGACCCUUUUAAGGGUGGUGGCAUGGUGCGUAGCAACUUGACAAUCACUGGAACCCUUCAACACCCCCAACAACAACAAAUACAACUUGUGCUCACCUGUAGCAACAACAACAGCAACAGCAACCUCAAGAACAAGACCUCUCAUUCUACAUGGCAUCUUGCACAACAAGCAAGUGAUGAUACAUGGAUUAUUCCUGUAUGGUCACAACCCGUGCAUCUUGGAAGAUCAAGUGAUAUGGAAACCUCGCGUGAAUGUGAGCGACAGCUCAUUGUGGGCCCUGAUAAGAAGAUUGUCAAGAUACACGAAAGCACGGGCCACACGAUGGCUGACCAUGUUUGGGAUUGUGGAAUAUGGCUAUGUCAUUAUCUUGCUCAUUAUUCGCCAUCAAAGCGAUAUGAUCAUGUGCUUGAACUUGGAAGUGGAACAGCGAUCGCUGGGAUCUAUGCUGCACAUGCAUUGUCACCUACGUUGAUGUAUUUGACUGAUCUUCCAGAAGCCGUAUCUUCAAUCCAGGACAAUGUGGACCGUCAACAAUGGGACAAUCAUCAAAAGGUGGUCGUUGAAGCAUUAGAAUGGGGAAAGGAUGAUCAGCAAGUGAUGGACAAUGACAACUUGGACCUCGUGAUUAUCAGCGACUUGUUAUACAACCAAUCCAGCCAUGAUUUAUUGAUUGAUACGCUUCAAAGAUUGAUGGAUCGACACCCUGGAGUGGAAACAUUGCUGAUCUACAAGCCAAGAUACCCCAAUGAAGAACGUGUGUUUUUUGACAAGAUCCAAAAGUUGGGUUGGCGUUGCACAUUGGAUACAACCACAGUUGAUUGCUCUCCUUGCGAAGUUUACUGGAUAGACAUUGGUAGUGGAAAGAAGGGCUGUUCAUUAUAG